AUGGCGCAGACAUUGGACAUUAUCAACACUACCAUUACUCCCAUCUCCUACGUCAUGGAACCCUUUGAAAUCCUGGAUGAGGACUGGUUCGUAUUGGAAUCCAAUGAUGAUGCCGAAGCCAGUGAUGUGAACUUGACGCUCUCCAACCAUGCGCUCUUUGGCAAUGCCUCACUGCGCAUUGAGUUUUAUCCGUACAUGGACACCAGCACCAGCCAUACACUAGCCACCGCUGAACCAGAAGAACAAGAAGAAGAAUCCAAGACCAAUGGCACCACGUUUACCAUUUUGGAUGACACGGCACCUGCUCCCACAGCCACCAGCCGUAGCAGCAUGGAGUUUGGAUGGAUCCAAGACUUGAAACCUCACAAUUGCUACGGGGCCACACACAUGUCGCUGUGGUACAAGGUACUCGAAAGCCAGGCACGAAAUGUUCAGCUGACACUCACCUUGUGGGAUGACAGUCGUCAGCCCAGCAAUAAUACUGCAACCAAUCUACAACCAUUCUCCUAUUCCGUCUCCCUUGAACUUCCAGAUGAGGAUGAUGAUACUACUCGUAUCAGCGACGAAACUACCACUGACAGCGACGACGACAACACCUUCCCACAAAACCCGUGGCACGAAAUCCGCAUUCCCAUCCAAGACUUUGUCCGGUUAGAAGAAGAUCCGAGUACUAGUAGUGAUGAUGACCUCAACAAUAACCGCACAAAAACACACCCACGAUGGAAUCGUCUGUGGGGAUGGCAGAUUGGGCUCGAUGUCGAUGCCCACACGACCGUUCUUGCCGUAGCAGACGAUACUCUCACGGCCGACAACGACAAUGACGACACGGUUCUUGGCGGCAGCGGCAUUACACUGCUCGUGGACCAUUUGGCGUGUCUCGGCGGCGGCGAAAUGUUGGGUGCGUCCUUUCACUUGGGAGCCGACAUGACAUGGGACGAAGCGGUCGACGAAGGAUUCUGGAUCGAAGAGUUUUACAAUUCACCCACUUCUCAAAACAAUAGUGACAUUAUACUCGAUGCAGAUGGAACACUCCAAGUCGACUUUACCGUGCAAAUGACCGAAGUAUGGGGCGGUUUUAACGGAUUCACCUAUCUGGCACCGGGGCAUGCCUAUUACAACUUGUCCGGGGCUACCGACUGGCAUCUCGGGUAUCGCACGCGACAAGCUGCCACUCCCUCUGGGAGGACUCAUUUGCGCAUUGUCAUUGCCGAUGGCAGCGACUGUGUCGCCAAUUGCAGUACCGACUUUUUUGAACAUGAACGGUGGUACAGUUUUCACUACAUUCUUGACGACAAUACCACAAACGAUGGUUGGGGAGAUAUUCACUUGCCACUGAUUGGAAGUACCGAUCCAUCCACUCCUCUAUGGCUCACCGGGUGGUCUGGACAAACGGGAAACAGUGCCUUUGACAGAGAGAAAAUCAAGGGAUUCACACUCGAAAUCAACAUUGAUUCACAAGGAAACAUGAGCUCCACCGUCGCGGGAGCCUUUGAUAUGUUUGACAUGUCCGCCAUGGUCGUGGUGUACAAUGAAACAACUACCACCAGCAACGAGAUCAGUGGCAGUUGCGUCGUCGAACCGGAUCUCUACUUGCGUGAGAAUGCCAUGCAGUUUCAGCGCAAAGAGUUUUUGGGAAACAAGUGCUGUGAAAUCUGUCAAGAGGAUCCCACCUGCCUCUACGCACUGUCCACCGGACGUGAUUGUUUCAUUGCGGCCCAUCUUGUACCCGACAUGGUGGGUCUGCUGAAUGACGAAAUCUUGCAAUCGGAUUUGACUUCCUUUUGGAUGAAUGAUCCUGUCCGGCGUGGAGACUUUUGCGAUCUUUGUGACUGUCGUGAGGCGGACAGGACCAUUGAUUGCGUUGGUAAAGAUCUUGUGAUUGUCCCAGCCACUUUCUACCACGAGAGUGAGGAUGGUGUUGGCUGGACUCCUCGAGUGUUGGACCUGCGCAACAACCCCAAGUUGGCAUUGUUGGGCUCGGGAUCGUUGGAGUCAAUCGGGGAAAGCUUGGAAGAAUUGUACCUACCAGAAUCGAUGCGACACAUCUCGACGGGCAGUGUGUCGAACCUACCAAACCUUCGGGUUAUGGAAGUAGAAGGCAAUGGUGAUGCGCUGACAAACGCCAUCGUGGACGAUUCUCAGGCGUUUGGUGAUGUUUGCUGCUCCCUUGGACCAACGUCCUCUUCUUCGGGGCUCGCGUUUUGCAACAUGGAAAUUGAUGCACCGGGAAUUGAUUCCAUUUACCUUGAUUAUGUCUUUUACCAAUCCGCAACGCUCUUCAAACGACUCAACCCCAGUUCCACGUUCAUGUCGGAGGCUGCAGAAAGCCCAGAAAAAUGUGCCGAGUACUGUACGAUUUCCACUGAAUGCCGAUACUUUUCGUACGAUCGACGGUUCCCCAACGCAGAGCAUUCGUGCUACCUUUUGCAGGACAGUGGGUCUGGCCCUGAGAUUGCUCGGUCCCAAAAAGACCAUUACGCGGAUGAGGCACAGACAAUCCCAGGUUACAUUGCGGGCUACCCGCCGAGGACAAGACAUGAAGUGGACGAUGCCAGGGUCGUGGUCGGGCAAACCAACCUGUUGGUGAACCCUGAAAAUGGUUACGAGGCGCAGUAUGAUUUGUCGCUUGGAUCGUCUCCUUUGCGCGGUGCCGUUUGGAUAGUACCCAAAGUGGCUUCAUCGACAUAUCUCGAUGUCACGUUCUCGCCCCCCAAAGUUGUCUUUUAUGAAUCCGACAAGAUUGCCACAGUUACUGUGAGAGUUACUGGUGUCGUCACGGAUGCAAACUCUGUGUCUCUUGUUGUUCACAAUGAAGUCGAUUCCUGUGACAUGGCUUUCAGGCAGGCCAACGAAGCAGUUGCAAACCGACAUAACACUCUGUUCAUCGACGUGGAAAUGCCUCAGUCUCCAGAAGUAAACAAUGUGCCCUUGGUUGUCGGUAUCUGCGUUGCAGUCUUCGGUGGUAUUGUUGUCGCUAUCGUGAUUUACUUUGAGCGCAAACGAAAGCUCAGCGAUGCAGUUUGGAAGGUCAAGCCACAUGAUCUCGUUUUUGCUGAACCUCCCGAGGUUCUUGGACGAGGAACGUUUGGCUUGGUCUUGAAAGCCACAUACCGCGGGACUGAUGUCGCGGUCAAACGGGUCAUCCCACCCAAAGAAAAAGGCCCCAAGCGGAGAAGCAGUCCCAUGUCGAGCAUGAACUCUAUCGAAAGCGGUAUCAAGGACGGCUUUGCGUCGGGUAGCCUGCAACUUGGCGCCACCAAGGGCCUCCGAGUAGGGACUGAAAGCAUGCAGAUGGGGUCGCAACAAACAGGAAGUCAGAGUAGAUGGAGCUUGUCAACGCUCUUCUCUGCGACACGAGGAGGCCUUCGAGGAGGCCAUGGUGCUAGCUAUGCCAAGCUGCGAAAGGAUUUUAUUCAGGAGAUGCGUCAUCUGAGUAAGCUCCGCCAUCCCUGCAUCACCACGGUAAUGGGAGCUGUAAUCAGUAGAAAGACGGAACCAAUGUUGAUCAUGGAAUUUAUGGACCACGGGAGUUUGUAUGAUCUACUGCAUAAUGAGACAUUGAUCAUCGAAGGAGAACUUUUGCUCCCAAUUCUUCGCGAUAUCAGUCAGGGAGUGCGGUUCUUGCACGCAGCGGUUCCACAGGUGGUCCACGGGGACUUAAAGGCAGCUAACAUUCUGGUGGAUCAAAAGUUCCGAGCCAAAGUCGCGGACUUCGGCUUGUCUCAAAAGAAAAACGUUGGAGCGACUGGUACACCAUUUUGGAUGGCACCCGAGCUGCUUCGUAGAGACGCAUUGAACUCCACAGCUUCUGAUGUCUACUCCUUCGGUGUCAUUUUGGCAGAAGUUUACAGCAGGAAGGAUCCUUACGAAGGUGAAGAUGCCUCGGAGGUGCUUCGGUUGGUAGCAGACAGGAAUGUGAACAAGCGCCCUGCAGUCGCUGCCCACAUGCCUGCCCCUAUCCAGUCUCUGAUGGCUGACUGCGUUGUCGAAAAUCCAGCAGAUCGCCCUUCAUUCGAGGAAAUAGAUCAACGCUUGAAGCGCGUAGACGCCAAGAGCGUGGAGCCUACCCAAAUGCCGACGUCCAAGAAAUCGGCCAAUAUCUCACUGUUUGACAUAUUUCCCCAGCAUAUCGCCGAGGCUCUUCGCGAUGGAAAGAAGGUGGAAGCAGAACACAAAGACUGUGUGACCAUCUUCUUCAGCGACAUCGUUGGCUUCACUACCAUCUCCUCGACACUCGACCCCCGAAAGGUUGCCAACAUGCUUGACAGACUCUACAACCAGCUUGACGACCUUUCACACAAACAUGACCUGUACAAGGUGGAGACGAUUGGAGAUGCAUACAUGUGCUGUGGCAACUUGGUAAAGGACCAACCCGAGGAUCACGUGAAACGUGUUGCCGAUUUUGCUGUUGAUGCCAUGGAGGCGGCUGGAACGAUUCGCAUUAACGAGGACGACCCCUACAGCAAGUUUCUUGAACUCAGAGUUGGUUUUCACUCGGGGCCUGUGGUUGCCGACGUGGUGGGAACGCGCAAUCCUCGAUACUGCCUCUUUGGCGACACAGUGAAUGUUGCUUCGAGAAUGGAAUCUACGUCGAAGCCGGGACGCAUUCAUUGCUCAAAGGCGUCCGCGGACCUUCUUAUGAAGCAACACCCCGCCAUGCCCUUGACAUCUCGUGGUGAAAUCAACAUCAAAGGCAAGGGCGAAAUGCACACGUUCUGGGUGCACAAAGAUCAAGACAGGAAGUCCAAGAUUUGGUCAGAUGUACCAGAAUCGGCCCUGGACAUUUCAGACCUCGAUGUUUCAUUUGGGGCUAUCGACGAAGGCAACGAAGACGCAGAACAGCCAAGUGGGGAACUAGAACUUGCUGAAGCAGGACAAGUUGUGCCUGAAGCCUUUGCGGACGAGCAAGAAAGCCUGAUUGGAUCCGGGAAUCACGUUGAAUGUUGA